ACUCACAUCGAGUAGGGAAACCACGUAAAUAGCGUGUGUUAUCGUUUUAUUGCUUCCGCAAAUCACAAUUUCUACAUGGUAUCAGAGCGUACCUCGAUCAACUAGGGUUCUCGCUCUUCUCUCGUCGUACCAAGGUAGCGCUCAACCGCCGCCAUGGCAAAAGACGACGACGUCAAAUCAGAGGCUGAGAUGCCUCUUCUCGAAGAUGUCAUUGGUCCAACAUCACCCCUCUAUCUUCAUCCCUCAGAUGCGCUCAGUCAAGUCUUCGUCGGCGAUCUGCUCACCGAUAUGAACUACGGCGAAUGGUCAGCCGAAAUUUCUAAUGCGCUGGUUGCGAAGAAUAAACUCGGCUUCGUACUCGGCACGAUUCCUCGACCGAAAUCUGGUGAGCUGCUGGAUGCCUGGACCCGUUGCAAUGCAAUGGUGGUGGGCUGGUUGCGGAGCGCCAUGACAAGGGAACUCCGGAGCAGCUUAAGCUCCGGCUUCACGUCCAAACAAAUCUGGGACGAACUCAAGGAACGGUUUAGCACUGGCAGCCUUCCGCGACGCUACAAGAUUCGCCGAGAGAUCAUGGGUCUGCGUCAAGAUCGCUCCUCGGUGUCCAGUUUCUACGCCAAGCUCCAGCGCCUUUGGGAUGACUGGUUGACCUUGGACCCUCCUGCAGCUUGUACGUGCGGCAAGUGUGAGUGCCGCGUCGAGGAACGAACGCGAAGCUCUCAUGAAGCUAUGCGGCUACUCGACUUCUUGGUUGGGCUUGACGAUGGGUUCUCCACGGUUCGUACUCACCUUCUCUCCCUGAAGCCCAUCCCAUCCUUGGGCGAAGCAUACCAUGCUGUUGCUAAUGACGAGCAACAAAGGAGUCUCUCUAGUGACCUUCGUCCUCGUACCGAAGCGGCCGCGUUUCAGGGAAAGGGGGAGAAACAGCAGCUCAAUGGUGAACGAACUCCGGAGGGGCGCCCUUUCUGCACACACUGUGAGAAACCGGGACAUUUCAAGGCCACCUGUUACGAGCUAAUUGGCUGGCCAGCUCGCAGUGGGGACAAGGCCGAGAAGGGUGAACGUCCACGUCGAAGGAAUUCAAAUAAAAACCCUCGAUCAGACCCUCGACCAGACCCUCAAGCUGCAGCAGUCGAGAAAGCCUUGUCAACACCAAUUCCUGGACUCACGCCAUCACAAGUGGAUCAACUUCGUGCCUUCCUCUCAUCCUCUUCGACACCUACAAGUAACCUUGCUGGUAAGAAUCUUUCCUUCCAAGAUACGUGGAUUAUUGAUUCUGGUUGUACUGAACAUAUAGCUAAAGAUAAAUCUUUGUUCGAUGGUGAGUUGGAGCCUCAUCCAUCUCUACAGGUCACGAUCCCUAAUGGCAAAGGGGUCCCGGUUCGCGGUAUUGGCACGACUAGACUUGCCAAUGGAUUAGUUCUACGUCGCGUAUUAUAUGUUCCAGAUUUCCAGUGCAACCUCUUAUCAGUCAGUCGUCUCACAGCAGAUCAUUCGGUUGCUGUCGUUUUCAUGAGUAAUUUCUGUGUUAUCCAGGACUUGCACUCGAAGAGGAUGAUUGGGACGGGUAGACACGUUGACGGGCUGUAUUACCUUCGUGUGUUUGAUGGUGAGCAUCCAGUGGCUUUCAACGCGCGAAAGGCAGUCCGGGACACUUCGUUGUGGCAUAUGCGGCUUGGUCAUCCCUCACUGGCUAAGCUCAUGGCGUUACAACCUCAUAUUUCCAGUAUUUUAGUUUCACAUAAGGAUCCAUGUCCUUCUUGUCUUCAAGCCAAGCAAACUCGGCUUCCUGUUAUGUCCAGUUCUAUCAAAACUCAGUCUUGUUUCGAACUCAUUCACGUCGAUAUUUGGGGAGGAUACAAACAAGCUUCGUUCAGUGGGGCACAUUAUUUUCUCACCAUUGUGGAUGAUUAUAGUCGUACCGUUUGGGUUUAUUUAUUGAAAUAUAAGUCGGAAGUUGCUCGUUAUCUACUCAUGUUUUUUAAUCAGGUUCGCACUCAAUACGCUGGACGUGUAAAGCGUGUGCAAACUGACAAUGGCAGGGAGUUUGGGGUGCCCGCAUUACAGGAUUACUAUGAGCAGGAAGGGAUCAUUCUACAGACAUCCUGUACAGACACCCCCCAACAAAACGGGGUCGUCGAGAGGAAACACCGCCAUUUGUUGAACACUGCUCGAGCACUUCGUUUCCACUCUGGCCUGCCCACUCGCUUCUGGGGCGAGUGUGUCCUUACUACAGCUUACUUGAUCAAUCGGCUGCCACUGACCUCCAUUCAGAAUCGUACUCCAUACGAUGUUCUCUUUGGCAAGCCUCCUCAGUUCGAGCACCUCCGCAGUUUCGGUUGUCUUUUGUAUGCAAAGGAUACUCAUCCUCAUCUUUCUAAGUUCGCACCACGCGGACAAGCUGGUAUCUUCGUUGGUUACCCUUCCCCGCAGCGCAGCUACAAAGUUUAUGACUUGGAGACUCACCAAAUAAACACAUCCAGAGACGUGUUCUUCUUGGAGCACGUGUUCCCUUUCCAGAAAGACAUUGUGCAUCUCAGUUGUCCAGAUCCUGCACUCACCCAAGAUGCGACCAUUGAUGAUCAUCCACUUGGCGGGCACUCUCCAGCUAUACUCGCACCUGGCCAGCCCACGCCUUCCUCCAUUCCCAACGAGGCCACUUCCUCUCAUGCACAGCAGCAAGUGGACGUCCUGCCCACACCGAAUUCAGACCCCUCGGCUGAUUCUCCUCAGCAAAUCGAGCCGGUUCUUCCCUCGGUGCCAUCAUCGUCCACGGAUCAUCUCUCGGGGGAUGCCACGCUAGCUUCCUCUAGCUCCUCCACUUCAUCAUUGGAACCGGUUCUCACCUCGUCUCCCGAUGCGACGACAUCACCCAUGGCACCUCCCCACUCACCCGCUGCCGACCUUCCUCGCCGCGGCAAUCGUGUUCCACGUCCCUCCGUUCAUCUUGAUGGAUAUGAAGUACAGGUUCCUGGGCGAGCUAAUUCUUCCCAUGUCAAAUAUCCUUUGGAGGAGCACGUUGGGUAUGAUCGCUUGUCUCCUGCUCACAAGAUCUUCGUCGCGGCUGUGUCUAACAUCUUUGAACCUCGUCAUUUCCACCAAGCUGUCCGGAUCAAGGAAUGGCGGGCUGCCAUGCGUGCUGAAGUUGAGGCUCUCGUGGCAAAUGGCACGUGGACCCUCACGACCCUGCCGCCCGGGAAGCGUGCAAUUGCAUGCAAAUGGGUCUACAAAGUUAAAUAUCUCCCCGAUGGCACCGUUGAGCGAUUUAAGGCUCGGUUAGUCGCCAAAGGAUUUACUCAGGUUGAGGGAAUUGACUAUCACGAUACUUUCGCUCCGGUUGCUAAGCUAGUCACUGUUCGUUGCCUUUUGUCUGUUGCAGUCAGCAAAGGUUGGAUUAUCCAUCAGUUAGACGUCAACAACGCGUUUCUUCAUGGAGACCUUUCUGAAGAAGUUUACAUGGAGAUUCCUCAGGGCUUCGCCAAGGCUGGUGAAACCCGUGUAUGUCGCCUUCACAAGUCACUCUAUGGCCUCAAACAAGCAUCACAGAACUGGUAUCACAAGUUCUCGGCUGCCUUGCUUUCUCUUGGAUUUGUUCAAAGUCAUGCUGAUCACUCUCUGUUCAUCCGCAAGACUUCUACCAGUUUUGUGGCAGCACUGAUCUACGUCGACGAUGUCAUCCUCACUGGUGAUGAUUCUACCUUCAUCCAAGCGGUUAAGGAUUUCCUUCACCAGCAAUUCACUAUCAAGGAUCUCGGCCCCUUGAAAUACUUUCUUGGCAUUGAAGUGGCUCGGUCUAAACGCGGCAUGGUUCUGAACCAGCGCAAAUAUGUUCUUGACAUCCUGUCUGAUUGUGGCAUCGAGGCGGGUCGUCCCGUUGCUACUCCUAUUGAACAGAAUCACCAACUCGGUCGCUUGCCCUCCGCUCCUGCGCAGGAUCCCUCUGGUUAUCGGCGGCUUGUUGGUCGCCUUCUCUAUCUCACGGUUACUCGCCCUGAUAUCCAGUAUGCCGUUAAUCUUCUCAGUCAAGGUGUUCACAGUCCGACCCAGGCUCAUGUUGAUCUCGCCACUCGUGUCCUCCGUUAUCUCAAGCAGUCUCCUGGGAACGGCCUUUUCCUUCCGGCACAGUCUUCCCUCACCUUAACUGCGUAUUGCGAUGCCGAUUGGGGAGGUUGCCCCACUACUCGUCGCUCUACCACAGGGUAUUUCAUUCGCCUCGGCCGUGCUCCUGUCUCAUGGCGCACAAAGAAGCAAACUGUUGUUGCCUGCUCCUCUGUAGAGGCCGAGUAUCGGGCCAUGGCUACCACCGUUAGCGAACUCAUCUGGCUACGCUGGCUUCUUUCCGAUCUUGGCUGCCCGCAGCCUGCGGCUACACCUCUUCACUGUGACAGUCAAGCCGCCCUGCACAUUUCUGCCAAUCCCGUGUUUCAUGAGCGUACAAAACACGUUGAGAUGGACUGCCAUUUUGUUCGAGAAUGCGUUCAGUCUUCCGAUAUUGCUCCCUGCAAGAUCGCAAUCUCUGAGCAGCCCGCUGAUCUCCUCACUAAAGGCCUUGGUCACGAUCAAUUCCAUCAUCUUCUUUCCAAGCUUGGCAUGCUCGACAUCCACGCCUUCGCUUGAGGGGGAGUAUUACGUGUCAUAGAGAACACGUGUCUUUAAACUGCCUUGAGUAGGAAGUAAUCUCUCAGUGUCCUCACUCGGCAGAAGUCUCGAGUUGUUGUUGUUGGGAUAAUUCCUAUUCUCCUUGGAUAAAUCCCUUCUUCCAUCCUCCUGUACGUCUAGGAGUCUACCUAGCUGCUCUCAUUAUAGCUUAGAGAAGCUCACUGUAAAACCUAAGCUAUGACUCCCAUAUCAUCAAUCAAUAAAAUCGGAUUAAGAGCCCUAAGCUCUUCGUGGAAUAGUACUACUCACAUCGAGUAGGGAAACCACGUAAAUAGCAUGUGUUAUCGUUUUAUUGCUUCCGCAAAUCACAAUUUCUACAAGCAGGUUCAAGUUCAACCACCUAGACCGAGCCAGUUUCAUACUUUGAAUUCUACGAACCAGAGUCUGAAAUAAGGACGAACUUAACAU